AGGUGUGACUCCCUUAACCUCGACGGCACAACCAAGCCAUCAAAUCAGGACCACGGGACCUACGGCCAUGCCCAGAAGAUGAGGGCAUCUAUGACAUAUGCAUUUAGAAGGCUUAACAGCCUUGGGAACAUGCCCUGGCACGAGUCAGACAUUGGAGGGGGGAUUAUGGUGGGAAACCCUUCAAUUUCAGUCGAAGUCUCAUCCUACAUGUGUUCGCUCUGCAGGUGCAAAGCACAAUUGGGUGAGGCAGCCAGCAGCACACGGGCAAUUACAUUGGAUAUAUUGUUAAAACUAUACCAUCACAAUCACCUCCCUGAAAACUGGGCAGUUCAUGCAUACCGUCCUGGCGAGUGGACACGUGGUGGAUCUGGUGACAGCCUUGGCCAAUGGGGUGGUGGGCGAGUACAGCGGCUUCUGCAGGCCGCCUACACAGUCGCGUUUUUAUGCAUGCUCCAAUUCGACAAAGUACUCAAGAUCCAGGUGCAUGAUCUCUGUGUUCAUGAGGACGAGCCUGAUGAGGUCAUUCUGCACCUGCCCUUUCACAAAACACAUCAGAAUGGAGAUAUCAAGCUCUUUAACCUUUGGGCACUUCCAUUGGCUAAAGCCCACCUUUGCCCAGUCAGGGCACUGGCUGCCUGGCUGUGUGAGUCAAAGAUCACCUCCUGCUAUCUCUUUCGAAAGGUCGCUUCGGGUGACCGGAUUGCCGAAGCAAACAGUCCCAUGUCGUCUGAGCAGUUUCUCGAGCUCUUCCGAAACAACCUAUUGGACGUCAAUAUCGACCCGGCUCCAUAUGGCACUCACUCGUUCUGCAGGGGGGGAUGUCAGUACUUGCACAUUGAGAGACAUUGGCCACUCAGAAGAAUCUGCGAAUGGGGAGGGUGGAGCACCGAGUUCACAAACUUGACUAUUGUCAAGUAUUUAAUUUCUUCCAAUGAUGAUCUCGCUGAGCCCAGGACACAGUUUUUUAACCCCAAUAGACAUACAACGGUGAAGUGCCCCCAGUGUGGGCGGUGUUGUCUUUGUGGUUGA